GCGGAAGACAGAUUAUUUUGCAGUGCUCAUUGUGUUGUUCGAAAGGAAAAUCAUGAUGAAGUUCUUAGUUGUUCUUGCAUCCGUAGUUUUGUCAAUUAACGCCGCAACUGACAAAGAAUUGUGGUUGGAAUUCAAACAAAACUAUGGGAGAGACUACAGAAACCUAAGAGAAGAACAGGUACGUUUCUCCAUCUUCCAAACCAAUCUGCGUACCAUCGAAGAACACAAUGAGAAAUACAACAGCGGAGAGAAAACCUACUACAUGGGAGUCAACCGAUUCACAGACAUUACCCCUGAGGAGUUCACGUCCAUGUUGAACUAUAGCGCCUCCACGAAACCUCUCCGUACAGGUCCCACCGUCUAUCACGAGGACACUAGCCUAGAAGCCCCAGCCUCCGUCAGCUGGGUGUCCCAGGGGGUCGUCACCGAGGUGAAGAAUCAAGGACAAUGCGGUUCCUGUUGGGCAUUCAGCACCACGGGUGCUCUGGAAGGGGCCUAUGCCAUCAGAACCGGCUCUUUGGUGAGCCUCAGCGAACAGAACCUGAUGGACUGCUCCAGCAGAAACGCGGGAUGCAACGGAGGAGUUAUGCAAUACGCUUUCGACUACGUCAGAGAGAACGGCAUCGAAACAGAGAGAGACUACCCUUACACGGCUCGUGAUGGCUCCUGUAGGUUCAGCAGCUCCAAGAGCGUAUUCAGAAUCUCAGGCUACAAAGACGUCCGCCAGAGUGAAAGCUCCCUCCUGGACGCUGCCGCCACCGUCGGCCCCAUCGCCGUUGCCAUCAACGCCGACCACUUCCAGCACUACUCCGGAGGCGUCUUCGACGAAAGCUCCUGCGACGGCGUAAAUUUGGACCACGGAGUCCUCGUCGCUGGCUACGGUACCCAGAACGGCGUGCCAUACUGGCUGGUCAAGAACUCCUGGGGCGCGUCCUGGGGUGAGAACGGUUACGUCAAGAUGGUCCGCAACAAGAAUAACCAGUGCGGUAUCGCCAACGACGCGUCGUAUCCAUACUUUUAAUUAGUCUUUCAUAUCGUUGUUCACGUAUUUAAAAAGUUAAGUGCAGACAUCCUUAAAAAUAAAUUAAAUAACUCUUA